GAGGAAGACGGGCGGGUUUGAUGGGACAGUUGUGCUUCUCGGGUUAUGUGGAAAAUAGGAAUGUCGGAAGAGAUCGGGAAGGCGCUGCAAGCAGUGGUCGACCGCGUGAAGCAGGCGGCUGCCCGUAGACCACAGAGUAUUUAAGUGCCAAAGCGGACUCUGGAAGGUUCAGUUGAGGAAAUUGAUUGCACAUGCACACUGAUGAGAAGAAGCUGGCUAGGAGGAAGAGCUUGUUCUAUGCUGCAGAAUGUGACUCCGCGUUUGGUGGCAGUCAGUAAGACAAAGCUACCAGAGAUGGUGGUGGAGGCAUAUCAACAAGGGCAACGCAACUUCGGAGAAAACUAUGUGAAUGAACUUGUGGAUAAAUCUUCAAAUCCUCAGGUUUUGUCAUUGUGUCCAGAAAUCAAAUGGCAUUUCAUUGGGCACCUACAGAAGAAAAACAUCAACAAACUAUUGGGUGUGCCUAACUUAUUCAUGGUGGAGACGAUAGACUCAGUUAAGCUGGCGGACAAGGUCAAUGGCUCCUGGCAAAGGCUGCGGGCAGCCAACUCCCAGAGAUUAAAGAUCAUGGUGCAGAUCAACACCAGUGGUGAGGAGAGUAAGCAUGGAUUGGCUCCAGAGGAGACCGUUAACACGGUAAAAUAUAUCAUCUCUCGUUGCCCUGCCCUACACUUCGUGGGACUGAUGACCAUUGGUCGUCAUGGAUAUGACCUCACCGAGGGCCCCAACCCAGACUUCCAGAUGCUGCUGAAGCGUCGUAGGGAGUUGUGUGAGAGUCUGCAGCUUCCGCUGGAGGAUGUGGAACUCAGUAUGGGCAUGUCCACAGAUUUUGAACAUGCGAUUGAAGUUGGCUCCACUAAUGUACGUGUGGGCAGCACCAUCUUCGGAGAAAGAGACUAUCCUAACACACCGAGUCCAGAAAAGAAAUCAGUGGUUAUGACCGAGGAGGCAGCUGGAAAACUGGAACGCCUUGCUGUGACAGAACAGUGAACCCUAGGGUCCCAUUUGAAUGGAUCCAUUCAUUUUGUCAGUUAAUUUGAUCAAUAGUAAUAUUGCUACAAAAUGUGUUAACAUAGUAUUUUGGAUUAUGUAAUGUGAUCUGCUGCUCACACAUUAUUCUCUUUCAUUAUUCAGUUUCUCCAUCCAUGUAUCUUCAUACUUUUCAGUGAUAUUUCCCAUUCUCUCUCUUUUUUUGUAUCUAAACACUGGCCAUAUUACCACUAAAUCUACUUAUUGUAAGAGUUUCUGAAUGAGGAUAGCAAAUUUUGGACUGUAAUUACUCCGAUUGAAGCUUCAUGCUUUCAUAUGCUGUUUAAAGGGUAUGUUUCGCAAAUUCUGUAAUUUCCACUAAUGGAACAACCACAAAUUACAUGGGAUGUUUUUCAAUGGCAUAUUUGGAUCUAAUAAAUUAUUAGUAAAUGAAACAC